AUGGGUUUGGUGUCUGCCGAAGGAGAUGAAGUUAUUUUAUGCAGAAGGGAUGCACUCGUGCGCAUAGAUACGGCAACAAAAACAGUGAGGCAGAUAGAUGUUCCAUUCUCCGCGUCUUUUUUGAGUGGAAAAUAUCUAGUUGAUUGCGAGAAGAACGUUUAUGCUUUGGAUGAUAUGGAGCUGAGAAAGAUUGCGAAGCUGAAGCGAAAUAUAUUCUGCUUGCAGGAGCGAGAUGGUGUGGUCUAUGUAGCAGACAGAUUUGGCGAUGUGCAUAUAAUUGAAAACGGCACAUGCAGGUAUGUUCUCGGAAUACUAUCGUAUAUGACUGGGAUGGCAAUUCACAAGCAGAGCAUUCUGCUGAGUGACAAGUACGGUAGGAUACGUGUUAGUGAGCUUGGCGGAAGAAUAAUUAAGUAUGUGUUUUUGCAUGAGCCGAUAGAAUCGUUGCUGAGUGUCGAUCGGAAUGUGGUGUCGGUUAGCAAAUGCCGUGUUGUGCUGUUUAGUCAAGCAUAUGCCGUGAAGGACGAGUUUGUGUUUUCGAAAGAAAUGAGUAUUAUAAAGUGUUUAUGUAAGGGCGAUGACGAGCUUGUGGUUGUUGCAAAGGAAUCGUAUCAUGUGUUUAGAGUAGGUGACAAUAUUGAGCAUGUUUUGAGUGUUGAAGAGGCUAUUGUGGAUGCGGUUUGUGUUGGGCCUGUGCUUUACAAGGUUAAAGAGAAUUAUAAAGUGGUCGAUACAGAGGGAAAUGUGGUGUAUGAAUGA